GUUUCCCAGCGCCCCGCGCGGCGACGCCGGGCCCGGCGCGGCCCUCGGGAGGAAACGCGGAGGCGCCUCCGGGCGCGGGCGCUCCCCGCCAUGCCGCUGCUGGUUAACGGGCAGCGGGUCGACCUGGCGCGGCCCACGGCGGAGAUGAUCCGCGCUUACCCGCACCUCGAGGAAAAGGCAAAACUUCUGAGAAGUCAGCCUGCCCAAAUUGUGGAGCCCAAAGGUCUUCUCUAUGUCCAGCAGAGAGAGUUUGCAGUGACGACCCCUAAAGAUGGUUCAGUUUCCAUUCUUGGUUCAGAUGAUGCAACUACCUGCCAUAUAGUUGUGCUCCGACACACAGGCAGUGGAGCCACCUGCUUGACGCACUGUGAUGGGUCAGACACAGAAGCUGAGGUGUCCCUGAUCAUGAGUUCAGUAAAAUCUUUCUCUGACACCGCAGGAUGUGGAAGGCUGGAAGUGCACCUAGUUGGAGGUUUCAAUGAUGAUAGGCAGUUAUCACAAAAACUUACUAAUCAGCUUCUUAGAGCAUUCGAUCUCCAGCCAGAUGAUGUUCAUCUAGUGACUUUCUGUGUAACAGAGCUAAAUGACAGAGAAGAAGAGGAUAUUCACUUUCCAAUAAUUUAUGGAAUAGCUGUGAAUGUCAAAACAGCAGAGAUUUUCCCUGCAACCUUCCCAGAAAAAGGGCCAGAUGAGGAUUUGCGUUCAGCCCACAUAUUAACAGGAGCAACGCUGACAAACAUCUACGAUGCAAAGAUGGAACAACUGCACAUUGGGCCUUAUUUCUGGAGGCCGUUCCCACAUGUGGAUUUCUGGUUGCAACAAGAUGAUGAACAGAUUUUACAGAAUCUUUCCACUUCGCCCCUGGCUGAGCCGCCCCACUUUGUCUCCCACAUUAGAUCUACACUAACAUUUCUAAAAGAACACCCCUUUCCAUCUCGCUCCCUGUUUCCUGACAGGAAACCUCGCAUCUAUAAAAAAAACGAAGAAGGGUUAUGGGAACAGGUUUGUUCUGACAAGAUCUAACCUGGAACCAAAAACCACGACUGCUUUAGGGAAGCACAGUCGUGCCAGCAGAGCUGUGUGUUGCAGAGCUGCUGGUCACCAACACC